AUGUCGUCACCCACAACCCCCAUAUCAUUCCGCAACCCCAUAAUCCCAGGCUUCAACCCGGACCCCAGCAUAAUCCGCGUGCGGGGCGAUUACUUCCUCGUAACCUCGACAUUCGAAUACUUCCCCGGGAUCCCCAUCUACCACAGCACGGACCUCCUAAACUGGAAAGUCAUCGGCCACGUCCUUACGCGGCGCGAACAGCUGGACAUGCGCACGACGGAGCCGAGCGGCGGGAUCUGGGCGCCGACGAUCCGUUACAGGACCGAAGGCAAGAGGGAUAGCGCGGGCAAUGAGAAGGGGCGGUUCUAUGUCUCUGUCGGGUGCACGCAGCGGUUUCGGCCGAGGGAGUGGGACAUUGUCAUCCCGCGCGGAUUCUACGUGACGACGGAUGAUAUCUGGGCGCCGGGGGCGUGGUCGGAGCCGGUUUAUUUUGAUGUUCCCGGUAUCGAUCAGGAUCUCUUCUUCGACAGCAACGGGAAAACCUACCUCAGCGCCGUGAACCAAAUCGUACAGCCUGGAAUCGACAAACACGCCCUCGGGCUUGCAACCUUCACAGUCGAAAUUGAUCUCGCUACAGGUCGAUGCCUGUCAAAACCGGCGUGGAACUGCAUCUCGCAGCACGGGAUUGGCAUUGCCGAGGGGCCGCAUAUUUUCCAGCAUGAUGGAUACUAUUAUCUCUCGACUGCCGAGGGCGGGACGGACGAGGGGCAUCAGCAGUGGAUUCGCAGAAGCAAAGUUGGACCACUGGGCCCGUGGGAGGAACCCAAUGCGUCUGAGGGUCUGAAUGUGAAUCCGGUGAUCUUCAAUGGGGACGAUGAGGAAAUCCGGUGCACGGGACACCUCGAUUUCGUCGAAAACGGCAAUGGGGACUGGUUUGCUGUUUUCCUGGGUGUGAGGGUUGUCGAUGGUAGACUCUCGGCAUUGGGGCGCGAGACGUUCCUUGCCCCCGUGCAGUGGAGGGACGGGUGGCCGCUUGUUAAUGGCGGGGCGAGGAUUGGACUCGAAAUGGAGAUGGCUGCUGCAUCCCCGUCUCUAAGCGCACAUGACGCCCCGAUAAAGCAGGAUAUCCGCACGUCCUGGCGCGACGACUUUGACUCGCCCGAGUUGCAGCUCGGCUGGUACCACCUGCGCACGCCGCUCAAGCGCGAAUACUCGCUCACCGAGAACCCCGGGAAUCUCAGCCUGUACGGCAACGCGUACCGGAUCUACGACUCGGAGUGUCCGAGUAUGCUGCUGCGGAAACAGAGGGAGGUUUCGGUUGACUGGCGGGUUGGAGUGCGCUUUGAUCCGGAGAAUCCGCUCGAGGAGGCUGGGACGGCGAUUUGGUGGUCGCAGUUUGCGUAUGCGAGUAUUGGGUUGAGGAGGUCGGUCAGUGGAGAGGGGGUGGAGGUCUUCUUCCGGGGGUAUAAUGGAAAGGCAGAGGGGGAUCUUUUCGAGGAGAACAUCCACCCACUGCAAUCCAACACGGAAAUCCAACUCCUCAUCCGCGCCCGCCCAACAAAAUACGAGCUCCUCUUCUCCCCCUCGGACUCGGACGACUUCACGAAACUCGGCGAGAUAUCCAGCGCCGCACUCACCGUGCGACACCCCGGUCGCGAAUCACCGAAUACAGGCGCGCACUUUGCCAUCUAUGCGCAGGGCGCGUAUGCGAUGCCGUGUCUGCAGCCCGCAGUUUUCAGCUUUGCGGAGUGGAGGGCUGUGUGAUGAGCUAGAUUCUGUACCGGUGUUAGGCUUUGUAAAUAGGAAUGGAUGGAUGGAUACAGAGUCAAACUUACCACGGUGGUAAAAAGAAAGGGUACGAAAUUUCAUAGCUUCUGAGAGAAAAACGGAA